UCAGUCGUCUUCACAAUGGCGCACUAUUUGUUUCUAGUAGUUGCUGUCAAUUUUAUUUUUAGUAUUACAUAUGUCUUUGCUAAUAAUACGUUAUCUUUUCCCAAGGACUUUUUAUUAGGCGCUUCUACGGCCGCUUAUCAAAUAGAAGGAGGAUGGAACGAAAGUGGUAAGAGUGAAAAUAUUUGGGAUCGAUGGUUACACGAAAACCCAAGUGUUGUACGUGAUGGUAGUAAUGGCGACAUAGCUUGCGAUUCUCUUCACAAAUAUAAAGAGGAUAUAAAGAUAUUACAUGAUUUAGGAGUUGAUUUUUAUAGAUUUUCUGUCAGUUGGACACGUAUUUUACCGAAUGGCUACGCUAACGUAAUUAAUCAAGAAGGACUUAAUUAUUACAAAAAUCUCAUUAACGAAUUGUUAGCAAAAGGUAUCGAACCAUUUGUCACUUUAUAUCAUUGGGAUCAUCCAGAAAUAUUGGAACAGAUGGGUGGAUGGACCAACGAAAUGAUAGUUGAAUGGAUAUCCGAUUAUGCAAGAGUUAUUUUCAAAGAACUUGGCCCAAAAGUUAAAUAUUUUGCAACUAUUAAUGAACCAUUGGUCCUUUGCAGUGAAGGUUACGGAGGAAACACGGCAGCACCAGGAAAGAAUUUAGGUAGUCCUGCCACAUUCCUAUGUAUGCAUAACAUUCUGAAAGCACAUGCCAAGAUUUAUCAUAUUUACGACGAAGAAUUUCGAAAAGAUCAAAACGGCAAAAUUGGAUUAGUUAUACCUUGUUCAGGUUUAUUACCCAAAAAUCUUAAUGAUACAUCAGCAAUAGAUACGCAAUUUCAAUUUGACUGUGCAUGGACAGCUCAUGCAAUUUUUUCGAAGACUGGCGAUUAUCCAGAAAUCAUGAAAAAUCAUGUAGCUGAAAACAGUAAAUUAGCUGGUUUUCCGAGAUCCCUUUUACCGACAUUUUCACCAGAAUGGGUGCAAUAUAUUAAGGGCGCGUCAGAUUUUUUCGGAUUGAAUCAUUAUACUUCAAGGCUUGUGGAAACAGUGCCACGAGUGGAAGGGCAAGAAUGGUAUGCUUAUUCUGGUGUGAAAGAAAGUAUAGAUCCAUCAUGGCCAAAAAGCGCUUCAGAUUGGCUCAGGGUCGUUCCUGAUGGAUUUCGACAAAUUCUUAAUAAAAUUAGAAAAGAAUAUGAUAACCCACUUCUUUACGUUAUGGAGAACGGCGUCUCUGAUAAAUGUUGCAAUAUUUUUGAUAAUUCAAGAAUAUCCUAUUUGCAUUCCUAUAUGCAAGCUAUGUUGUUAGCUAUUUAUGAAGAUGGAUGUAAUGUGAAAGGCUACGCUGUUUGGAGUAUCUUAGACAACUUUGAAUGGUUGGCUGGUUACACAGAACGGUUUGGAUUAGUAAAUGUCAACUUCACGGAUAGUAAUCGAAAGAGAACUCCAAAAUGGUCGUUUUACUGGUAUAAGGAUAUCAUUGCAUCACGGAAACUUAAUUCAACUACUAAUUCUACAGAGUUACCAACUGUAAUAGCUGUUUUAUAAAUAAUGCAUGCGCACGUAUGCGUGUAAAAAAGUCAUUACAUUAUUUAUUAUAUAAGAAAUAGUCAUUAUAAAUACAGUUGAAUAAAUAUUACACACACACACACAC